GUUUUUAGGUUACAGAGUUAUGUUUAUAUUGUGAAUGUUAUAAAAAAUGAAGAAUAAAUCGGCCCGGCAUAAAAAUGAGAACACAUUCAAGUUUCAACCGUUUUCGGAAAGAAUCGCUAACAUUGAUGUUGACGUUUUCCACCGCGUGGAACAUGAAUAUGAAACUGAAUCGGAAGAAAAUGAAUGUUAUUUUUAUCGUGCAAUUGAGAAAUGGAGUGUCUUAAAUUUAACCGAGGGCUAUACAAUUUUUUGUAGAGAAAUCAAACCUCGAAAUGCUAUAACAUUACCCCUUUUAAUUAACUGUCAAGAACACAUAAUUGAAACUUUACUUAAACAUCUAAAAUUAAAAGAUCCUUUAUACAUUCAGCCAUUAUUAGAUAUCACAGUGGCAGUUGCAAAAGAUUUGCAAAAAGACUUUUAUGUUUAUUAUCCAAAAUUUUUGGAAGUGCUCAUAGAACUUUUACAUACGAAAGACACAGAUCAAUUAGAAUAUACUUUUACAUGUUUGGCAUAUUUGUUUAAAAUAUUAUGGAGACCCUUAAUAAAGGAUAUCAAUUCAGUGUUUGUGGCUUUGCUACCUCUGCUGUCAGAUUCCCAGCCUGAUUAUGUUAAUAAUUUUGCUGCUGAAAGUUUCGCGUUUGUUGCUAGGAAAGUUAAGGACAAAAGAGGAUUUUUAAAUUUGUUAUUAAAAGCUGUAAAAAACCAAAAUGAUGGAGUUGUUGGUUGUGGAAUGUUACUAUUUGAAGUUAUUCAUGGAAUUGAUGGGCAAUUUCAUAGUACAGCAACAACAAUGUUACCAUUUCUACUUGAGUCAUUAUCUGAUGAAAAAUUACCUACAAAUAUUCUGUUUGAAAUAUUGGAACAAGUUAUUAAAAAUAUAGUAUUGAAUAUACAUUAUCAAAAGACUGAGCUAUUAUGGACUACAUUUUUGGCACAAAUUGAGAAAUUGAAUACACAAUACAUCAGGUCAAAAGAAGGGAGACUUUCUGAAAACCUAGAACAAUUAUUGAAACUUUUGGGCCAAACUAUUGAAUAUAAAAAUGGUAAAUUAUUGCAAAAUGUGGUCCCAGUUGUGCAAUUACUAGUAACAUUGCUAGACAAUGAAUUUCCUGAAUCCACAAUGAAAAUUAUUGUACAAAUCAGCAUUUCAUUGGUUUUGUGUAAGAAUAUAAAAUUACCACAAGAACACAAUUCCAGUAUAAUAAGAAAAGUUCUGUCAAUAAACAACAGAAAGUUGCUGUUAUAUUAUGUGGACAAUGUAAAUGACUGUUUGUCAUUUGAUUUGAAUAUUUUACCGUUUUUCCUCAAGUUUUGUUUGAGUAAUAAUUUUGAUGAUGAUUGUUUUCAUGUUUUAACAAAAUUGUGCUUAAAAAAAUCUAAACUAUGUGAAAAUGGCAUUGAAUAUUUGAAUUGGAAACCAUAUUCUUUAGAUUUUGGUACCAAAGUUACCAAUAAUAAAGUAUUUGAAUUCUUAGAAAAAAAUAUCAAUAUUGAAGAUAUUGAUAAGUUAUUGGAGAACUUUGACAAUUAUUUUUGUUCAUUGGUUUGUUUACCACACAUAGUAAACAGUACAGAAACCAACAACAUAAUGAAUAUACUGGACAAUAAUUUAAAGUUGUUAAUCAAAAAAAUUAAAAUAAAUAUGGAAGAUAAGAGUCAGUUAAAGAAAGUGACAUUUCUACUUCAAAUCACUUUGGAGUGUUCAGGGCAUUUUGGAAAGAGCUUAUAUUUAAUUGACAACAUUGAAGAGAAUCUUGAUAUUUUAUUACCAAUAGUUACAGAAUUAUCGCAAAUUGGUGUUUUAAAAUGUUUAAGUUUGCUUAUAGCAAUCUUAAAGGAUGAAAAAAAUGUUAUUAAUCUUGGUAUAUUGCAAAAAAUCAAUAAACAUAUGGAAGUCAACUUCAAUUCACCAUAUCAUGAGAUGAGAUUAUUAACAACUCACAUCUACACUUUCUUUGAAGCAAUUCCCGAAUUCAAAUUGAAACAUUCAGAUGAUCCAGAGGUUCCAGUAGAAGAUUUCAAAGUGUUUUCACUUUGUUACCGAACCGAAUCGAUUGAUCCCCAAGUUGAUACUUAUAGAGAUCAGCUUCUGGCUUUGGAAAAAUUGAAUUUUGGUAAACCACAGAUGAUCAUGUGCAACCAAACCGAAUUUAAGACCAUACCUUUAAGAUACUUAUGUGGUUGCAGUUACAUGAAUUUCCAGCUUUUGUGGGAUCCGAUAUCUAAAAUGGUCGAGACACACGCUCAUGGUUUGGAAAUAAACACGUUUUGGCAAAUUUUCGGAAAUGAAUUGAAAUCUGUUAAUCAGAACAUCGACGAGCAACAGGUGGUCAAUACCAUUGAUGUUAUUCAAACGAAGUGUGACUUUUUGGGAGACUUAUAUCAAGACUCUCAGAAAAUAAUAUCUAAACCGGAUUUUAUUAAUCAUCGAUUAUUACUGUGGAAAUCUAUGACCGAGUUUGCUGAUAUUGCCGAAGCUAAAACUCGAGACGUUGCUGAAUUGUUAUUAAAUUUUAUCGAAAAAGAAUAUUCUAAGUCGAAUGCGGAAUUGGGACUUACGUGUAGCAUUAAACAAAACGCGAAAGUCGAAGUUGAAGAAGAAAUCGAAGAAAAUUCAGACGAAAUUAAGAAUACGAAAACGAAAGGGAACGCCAGAACCAAUUUAAAAUCUUUACUGCAUAUGUUAACAGUUUUUUCAAAAGUGAAAAGCCCUAAGUCAAUGUAUAGAGAACCGGAUUUGUAUAAACUUUACUUUGAACUAUUGCAACACCAUAACGCGGAAGUGCAAAAAGCCGCCCUUGACUGCAUAAUGACCUACAAAUUUAAAUAUUUAACACCAUACAAAGAAAACUUGUAUAAUUUAAUAGACGAGAAAAAUUUCAAGAGCGAAAUUACUGCUUUUAGAAUUGACAAAGAUAGCACCGUAGUUUUGACUGAACACAGAGAAAAUCUGGUUCCAAUAGUCAUGCAGAUUGUGUUUAGUAAAAUGCACGUUAAAACUGGUUUGAGAACUGGAGGCAAAGCUUCAGGACAACACAGAAGAAAUCUUGUGUUCAGAUUUUUGGCUGGCUGCCAAGAAAACGAAAUGUUGAAUUUCGUGCAAAAGUCUUUCAGGAAUUAUUUGCAAUACUUGAAAGAAGAUCCACAAGAGAUGUGUAGUUCUAUUGUCAAGAAUGUGGAAUUGGAGAAGUUCAUUCCACCCAAACGACUUCAAAGUACUUUAAAUCUGCUGAACGUUGUUUUAGAACAAUUCGGUGGAUUAAUGGGAAAUGAAACUCUAAAUUUUCUUUUAAAUAUAAUUAUGACAAUAGGAUCGUUUGUGAAAUCCGCAUUCGACAAAUUUACCGAAGUGCACGUCGGCUACUUUUCAAUGUUGAAAACCGCGAGGGCCACGUCAAUAAAACUGAUUGAAAGAUUUUUUGAACACUUCGACAGAUUUCCAUGGACUAGUCAACAAAUUAAUGCCAUUUUUGAUGUUUUUGUUUGGCCUUACUUGGAAAAAUUAAACAUCGAAGGUAUUCAUAGUCCAACUGCUUUGCUCAAAUUAAUUUGUCAAUGGGGAUCAAAUCCUAGAUAUUUCUCAUUGUUAGUAAAGCACGAAGAAAAUAAUGAAACGCAGUUUAUUUUACCGCAUGUCGUAAAUCUUUUGGUCAAUGUUAAAAGUCACGGUUCAGUGGUGAAUACAAUUUUAGAAAUGGUGGAGAAACUGUUAAGUUUGCAGCCAGAUGAAGAGGAUAUGGAAAACCAAAUACCCGUGGAGCAUUUACUUCCCGUUGCGCAAAAUAUCCUAGAUAGAAUUUCACAGAACGACAAAUUGAAUUACGGAAGUUGUAUUUUACUGCCUCACGUUCCGAUAAUCUUGCAAAUCAUCAAGAGGAAAUUAGAAGGCAAGAACAAAAGCUUAAAUACAAGAGAACUAUUCAUUUUAUCAAGAAUAUCUGAACUGGUUUGGGAAGCUGAUAUUAGCGACACAAUACUACGUUUAUUGCUGCCUGUUGUGUUGAAGAAGAGCAAUUCAGGUGAAGAAGUACUGCAACAAUUUCUCAACACCAUCAAGAAUCUAGUCAAUAACAUUUCUGACCCAAGUGUACAUUUAAAACAAAUAUCUCCGUUGUUUGGAGAUAUAUCUUUUCCCUCUUGUCGUAAAAUUUUAAUCAACGUUCUUAGAAUUAUAACUAGUAAGUGUGACAACGAAAAACUGAAAACGUCGGUUCAUUUAAUCGAAGAUUUGAACUCAUGGGAUGCGAAGUGGAUAGAUCAACCUGAUUUUGAGAAAAGACACAAUGCUUUCCUGGAGGUACAAUCAUACAUUGAAUCAAACGAAAUUGAUCUAAGUUUAGGAAUUCUUCUAAUUUAUAACAGUUUGUUUCUGGUGAAAAAUGAAAGAGACUUAUCCUUAAGAGAAAACUCUUCACAUUUGCUGAAAACGUUAUGUCCAGUUUUGAUUAAACAGCACUCGCACCCUAAAGAGGUGGAGUACAUUUUGAACGAUACCAUUUUUAAUGCAAUUAGGGCCGGAUUUAAAAGCAAAAAUGAUGAUUAUCGCUAUCUCUGCAUAUCUUUAUUAGGUCAUUUAUCCAGAGAAUGUCCGAACAGUCAUUUUAUUCUUAGAGAUUUGAAUAAAUACACCAAUAAAGCAGAUUUGGAAGUAGAUAUGUUCGAAAACUUGACACAUUUACAAAUUCACAGACAUGCAAGAGCAUUACUUCGUUUCUGUCAAAUUACAAAAGAACAAGUUGUAUCGCAGAAUCCCAGAAGUUUAACGCAAUUUAUUUUACCACUUGCAACGUUUUAUCUAUGCUCAGAGAAAUUCGCGGGCAAAAACAGUAUUAUUGACGCUGCGAUUGAGGCAAUAGGAACAGUUUGCAGGAUUUUACCCUGGCAUCAAUAUGAGGGUUUACUAAAGUUCUACUUGAACAAAUUAAGGGGAAAGAUCGAAUAUCAAAAGCAGUUAGUGAGGUUGACUGUUGCCAUUUUAGACUCGUUUCAUUUUGAUUUAACAAAAGGACAUAUUGAAGAAUCGAAAGAUAAAUCGAGGCAGGAAGAAACUUCCGAAAUAAAAACGGACGAAGUAAACGUUGAAACAAAGUUGGAGCAAGAAGAAAUUACCGGUAUUAAGGCAAGCGAAACAAACGUUGAAAAUGAAGAAUCAGAUAUUGAUGAAGAAUUGAUGAUUGAAGAGGGAACUAUUCAAGAUCAAGAAGAUGAAGAGGAGGGAGAACAAAAUGCGAAACCAUAUGAAAAAAUUACAGUUUUGUGCAAAUCUACAGCCACGAGGGUUAUACAAACGAUUCAGAUGGUUUUACUGCCACAACUCCAUAAAUCUUUGGCGUUUUUAACUCAACACGAUAGCUCUCAUAAAGUGAAUCGUAAGAAAACUGGUUUUGAAAGGGAAGAGGAGGACUUAUUGAGGGUACCCAUUUCUUUGGCUGUUGUAAAAUUGUUGCAAAGGUUGCCAAAGCAAAUCAUGGAGAUUAAUUUACCUGGGGUGUUUAUGAAACUAUGUACAUUUCUGAAGUCCCAAAUGGAGAGCGUGAGAAGAGUGGCAAGAGAAACUCUGCAAAAAAUCAUGACAACAUUAGGACCAAAAUAUUUAUCUAUACUAUUAGGAGAAAUGGCACCUCUUUUGUCCAGAGGAUUCCAUGCUCACGUUCUGGUUUUUACCACGCACGGAGUUUUGAGUUGUCUUAAGGAAUAUUAUGAACCAACUGAUAUUGAUAAAGUUCUUCUGACAGUGGUUGAUUUAUGUAAAGCAGAUUUGUUCGGACAACUAGCGGAAGAAAAGGAAGUGUCUAAAAUUGUCGUCAAAACCUCAGAAGCAAAAUCGACUAAAAGUUUCGAUACCUUCCAAAUUUUGGCACAAUUUAUAACAGAAAAAUGUUUGAUGGAUUUGAUCCUUCCAAUAAAAAAUGUAUUAGAAACUACACAUUCUUUUAAAACCGUCCACAAAGCCCAAGAAUCUUUAAGGUACAUUUCUUUGGGACUUGUGGACAAUACUUUUAUUUCUUUGGAGUCUUUACUCAAAUUCGCUUAUGGCACUGCUUCGGAGAGGAUUCCACAAUUAGCACCAGCAAAGAAACCAAAACUAACAGAAAAGGAGCGCGAACUCAAACAACGAACGCGAGAAGAUUGUUUAAUCAUCCCUGAAAUGCCGAAAAGUCGAACGGCCUUCAGGGAAAACAGCGUAAAGUCUUCUUCGUCGGUAAACGCACAUUUGAUUGUUGAAUUUGGCCUUAGACUCUGUUUUUCUAUGUUGAAACGUGAGAAAAUCAAAGAUGAACAAUAUAAAUCGUUUGUUGAUCCUUUUGUUAGCAUUUUUGUCAAAUGUUUGAAAUCAAAACAUGUUAAGUUGUGUACAUUGACGUUACAAUGUUUGAGUUGGUUAUUGAAAUACGAUUUGCCAUCAAUGAAAGAGAACGUCAAAAUAAUCGCAAAGGAAAUGUUUGGUAUCUUACAUAAAUACGCCGCAGCAGGUCUGAGCAAAGGUGACAACUUCGAUUUAGUUGUUGCAACUUUUAAGGCAAUGUCUGUCUUGGUCCGAGAUGUCAAACACUACACUGUAGAUACCAAGCAAUUAAAAGCAUUGCUCUUGUAUGCGGAACAAGACAUGCAUGAUCACAAUCGCCAGGCCACCGCUUUCAAUCUUCUAAAAGCGAUAAUCGCUCGGAAGCUGAUAGUUCCUGAAAUCCACGAAGUGAUGAGUAAAGUGGCGGAGUUGAGCAUUACUUCGGAGUUGGAUCAUGUCAGAUCGCAAGCACGGAUGGUUUUUCAUCAGUUUCUGAUGGAUUAUCCCAUGGGAUCCAGACUCGAGACGCAUUUAGGCUUUUAUGUUUCUCAGAUGAGCUACGAAAUGCAAUAUGGUCGGGAAUCAGCGAUCGAGAUGGUCCAGACAUUGAUACAUUCAUUUCCAAUUGGUAUUUUGAAAGAUCAUUCAGGCAUGUUGCUGGUAACUUUGGGGGCUCGACUUGUAAACGAUGAGGUACCCGAGUGUCGCAAAAAAAUUGCAAAUUGUAUAAUUUCGAUGUUAAGCAAAUUGCCCAAGCCAGAACGGCAACCUUUAUUUGAAAUAGUAUCUGUUUGGUUAAGUGAGAAACAUACGGGUCAUCGACGAUUGGCAGCUCAGCUGUGUGGAUUUUUUGUUACCGUAGAAAAAGAAGACUUCGAAUCUCGAUUAAAUGGUCUUAUGCCGUUGAUAAUGAAGCAGUUUGGACUGGACGAAUCAGUGGGUAAAUUCGUAAAAAUUAAUAAACCUAAAGAAGAUAAAGAUACGGAGGAACACCAAAGAGUCAAUGACCAUCAUCUUUUCCAAGUAUAUCAGUUAUUACUGAAGAUUUGUUCACAAUGUCCGUCCUUUUUGAAAAGAAAGGACGACAUUGAAAAUCUAGCUAUCCAUACACAGAAAAUGUUGGCAUAUCCUCACGAUUGGGUCAGACUGGCAGCUGCACAAUUUUUGGGUUUCGUCCUGUCUACAAUGGAUAUUGAUCAGUUGGCCAAUUUAUUGGCUAAUAAUGAAAGUCUGAAUGAAGGAUACCUGUGUAAAGAUCCAAUCAAUUCGGUUAAAUCUUUAACUUUAGACCUGUGUGAUCAACUUAUGCCGGGAGGUGUAAAAAGCGAUUUGGCGGAACAAGUUAUUAAAAAUUUAGUAUUCAUAGCUCGAGUUUUACAAAAAGUUCGUAUUAAAGAUCAAGAACACGACCAGAAAAUAAACCUCGUUUGGCUUACGAAACGUAUGCGAAAAAUCGUCAACAGCGAAAUAGUAGAGAACGCCUCAAACACAGUGUUAAGAAACGAAGUAUUCAAGUGGAUCGCGGGCGUUACUACAGCUCUAGAACUCGACAAUAUCCGUCCAGUUGUGCACCAUUUGCUCGCACCUUUGGUACGGGAAAUGAUAACGACUGAAGAAAAGAACGCGCCACUUCGCCAAUUGGCCAAAGAAGUGGCAAAUUUAUUGAAGAAAAAAUUUGGGAUGGAGGAGUACACGAAAACACUUAGCAAUUUACAACAGACGCUGUCUGUGAAACGGGCCGAAAGGAAACGGGCUAGGACCCAACUGGCAGUCACCGAUCCCGAAAUGUUUGCAAAGAAGAAAAUUAAAAGACACGAGAAAAAGAAGGAAUCGAAAAAGAGGAAGAUUGCGGAAAUGAAGGGGAAACCCAAGACUUUUAAGAAGAGAAAAACUGUUGAUUUGGAAGAUAAUUCCGAGUGCAUGUAAAAUGAAAAUUAUUUUUAGUACAAAUUGUGAUAAAUUAUUUUUGUUAGUUACACAUAAAUAAAAGUUAAUUGAUUACAAUUUA